AUGCCUCUCCCCAAAGACUUCCUACACCCCUCUCCUGAAGAGAAGAAACAGAAACACAAGAAGAAGCGCCUGGUGCAGAGUCCAAACUCGUAUUUCGUGGACUUAAAGUGCCCAGAGUGCUAUAAAAUCACACCUGUCUUCGGCCAUGCACAAACAGUGGUCUUCUGUGUGGGAUGCUCCAUUGUGCUCUGUCAACCUACCAGAGGAAAGUCAAGACUUACAGAAGGAUGCUCCUUCAGACGGAAGCAGCGCUAA